UGGAGGAGCAUAUUUACGGAAGUGGUACAAGUCCACAGCAGCAGCCAGCCAGCCAGCCUGCCUCUUUGGCUAUCCUCGGCCAGUAUGCAGUCAGACCAUCUCGUCUCGUCUCAGUUAACCGAUUUGUUGAAAUCUUCCGGAACGUUUCGUGUUCUUGUGGGUGUGACAGGAAGCGUCGCGGCUCUGAAACUGCCACUUUUGGUCUCCGAGCUCCUCCAGCUCCCCGGGGUGGAUGUAAGAGUGGUCACCACAGAGCAUGCCAAACAUUUCUACAACCCCUCCGAUGUUCCCGUAAAGAUCUACACUGACAAGGAUGAGUGGGAGCUUUGGACACACAGAUCGGACCCUGUGCUGCACAUUGAGCUGAGGCGCUGGGCAGACCUGCUGAUCAUUGCCCCUCUCGAUGCCAACACUCUUGGAAAGAUUGCUAAUGGCAUCUGUGACAACCUGUUGACGUGUGUGGUAAGAGCUUGGGAUACCAGUCGACCUCUCCUCUUCUGUCCUGCUAUGAAUACAGCCAUGUGGCUGCAUCCCAUUACGGCCCUGCAGAUAUCCAGGCUAAAGGAGUUUGGGUAUGUGGAAGUCCCCUGCAUUGCUAAGAAGCUAGUCUGUGGGGAUGAAGGUAAAGGUGCUAUGGCAGAGGUAGCGACUAUUGUCAGUGUUGUCAGGCAAUAUCUUCCAAAACCGGAGUCGUCGUCUCAGAAGACGUGAAGAUUCCUCCAACGGAAACAUGUAAACUGAUGAUCAGCUUUCGCUCUUCUGUCCCAACAGAAUCUAUAUUUGUAAUCCAUCCAAUAUAGUUUUCUUUAUCCUUUGCAGGCUGAUGAGGAUUAUAUCAGUAUGUCAUUCAGUCACAUUUCUGGUUGGAGCUGUUUUUCUUGUUAGAGCAGAGAUCUAAUGAGGGAAAUCCUCCUCCACGAUGUCUGUCACCCUUCGUAGGAACUCAGAGGGGAAUGUGUGCAUUUUAACCGUUUGCUGUCACCUGGACUGAAUGGAACCAAAUUACAGUUUUAGAGAUACUUUCCAUGCAGGGAUCUCCAGACUUUUACUUUAUUGCCUCCUCUGCAGUCAUGUUUGUUAACAGUCAAUAGUGUGUUUGUUUGUUUUUCCAGAAUUUGUAUAUUUAAAAAUGUUAUACCAAAAAUAAUUUGAAUUAAAAGCCUUACAGUAAAACUUUUAAACCUG